AUGGCCGCCAACGACUACUACCACCAGAACAUUCCAGAACCUCCAACAUACGACCAAGCUGUCCCUGGUUCAGCACAUCAAACCUCGACUACAGCUCCUGGAAUCGGCUACGCUAGCCACCCCGCAAACCAUGAUGACCCAUCCGCCCCUUAUCACAACAGAGAAAGUCAACAAUCGUUUGCCUCGGACAAUGGACAGUACCAGACUGCAGGACGUGUCACAGAAGGUGAUCAUUACUCAGAAAACAUCCCUUUGAAGGCUCAGACAAACUAUGGCAACAAUCAGGAGUGGAUGCGCCAACCAACACAAUACCCCCCUUCGCCAGGGGCACUAGAAGAUAGUCGACAACGUGAUGACCGCAGGAAGAAGAAGAAGGGUUUCUUCCAAAAAAAGAUCGCCUGGGUGACAUACCUCUUGACUUUAGCACAAAUUAUUGUGUUCAUAGUCGAAUUGGUCAAGAAUGCCCAGUUGACAGGAUCGGUUAUUGAAACGAAACCCACCUUCAAUCCGAUGAUUGGCCCUUCGCCAUAUGUCCAAAUUUAUAUGGGAGCACGCUACGACCCGUGCAUGAAGAACGUGGAGGGAAUUCAGAAUGCCAACACAACGAUCCUCUGGCCCUGCCCGAAUACUACUUCCAGCACUGAUCAGUCUUGCUCAUUGUCUGAGUCGUGCGGCUUUGGUGGUAAUGUUCCUAACCCCCGUGUCGGAGGAUCAACAGACGACAAUCCCGCUCCCAACCAGUGGUACCGCUUCAUCAUUCCCAUUUUCUUGCACGGAGGUUUCGUCCACAUUGGCUUCAAUUUGCUGGUUCAAAUGACUAUGGGUGCGGACAUGGAGCGCAUGAUUGGGAUUUGGCGGUAUACCUUGACCUACUUUGCCAGUGGUAUCUUCGGCUUUGUUCUGGGUGGAAACUAUGCCUCCCAGCUGGAUCCGAGUGACGGCUGCUCGGGUGCCCUCUUCGGCAUCCUUGCACUAUACUUGCUCGACCUUCUUUACGACUGGCCCCAGCGUGAGUCCCCAUGGGUCGAGCUUAUUAUCAUGAUCCUAGGUGUGGGCGUUUCCUUUGUUUUAGGCCUUCUUCCCGGACUAGACAAUUUCUCUCAUAUCGGUGGCUUCAUCAUGGGCCUUGCUAUCGGAUUGACCAUCAUGCGGUCCCCCAACGCUCUUCGCGAGCGCAUCGGUCUGGCCCGCCAGCCAUACGUCGCCAUGAGCGGUGGCGCCGGUCAGGCUACUGCGGACAAGAGAAAGACAAGCGCUUUCAUGGAUAUGUUUAGGAGCAAGGGCGGCAUGACCAACUCAAAUCAGGAUACCGAGAACUCCAAGAACCCCAUCAACUUCUUCAAGGGCCGCAAGCCUCUUUGGUGGCUCUGGUGGGUUGUCCGUGCUGGUGCUCUGGUUGGCGUCCUCGUUGGUUUCAUUCUGUUGCUUGUCGACUUUUACAAAUACCCUACCUCGAAUUGCUCGUGGUGCUACCGCUUGAGCUGUCUGCCUGUCAAUGGCUGGUGCAAGCAGAAUACUCUGACUUUCACUGACACCAACAGCACUUGA